AUGCCAUUCGUCGCCAACACCCCCGAAUCACACCUUGACCGCGCCGAUUCCAAGAACCCAAGUUCGACAUGUCGUGGUAUAACUUCGAACGGGAGGCCGUGUAGACGGCCCAUCAGCAGGCCUUCCCAGGCUUCGCUAGCACCCAGAAACCGAUGGCCGAAGAUAGAUCUAAGCGACGAGAGCCUGUAUUGCUGGCAGCAUAAGGAACAAGCCAGCCACAGUGCAAAAUCAAGUCCGGGGCCAAGACGAACUACAAAACCUAUCCUAGAGGAACGCUCGAGCUUGGAUACACUCGCAGACCGUCUGGGAGUGGUACAUCUUCAGGAGAAGAAUACAUUGCGGCAGAGUGCACAACAUGCGAGACCGCCAUCAAAUACGACAGUAAAGGCAUCACGGCCAAAAGCACCACCGAAGCUUCAGUUUUGCUUCUGCUUCACCAUACCACUCGAAGAAGUGAACGAACCUGCGCGACCGAAGCCACGACCGCAACCGGAACCGAUCCAAAAACCAGCUUCGGCGUCCAUGCCAAAUCUGCAGAACAGACCUUAUCGGAAUGGCAAAUCGGAAAGUUACCAGAGAACUGUGACGCCAAACGCCUCACCAGGCAAGGCAUCCUAUCGGUCAGGCCGAUCAGCGACUUCACAAACCGCACAGUUCAAAGAUUUGAUCCCAGAUUCGCUAGACAUGACAACGGCUUCGGCACUCAUGACUGAACUUGCCAAGCCGCAUACGGAUUCAGAAGAGGCUGGUUACAUUUACAUGUUUUGGCUGACCCCUGCGUCAAAGCAAUCUCCACCACCUGUCGCUGCGGCUCGAUCAUUAUUAGCACCGCCAUCGUCAUAUCCUGCGCGCUCACGGCGACCAAGUGACGUUGUUUCGACCUUUGCAGACCCAAGCGACAAGGGCGACAAGAAGACAAUGCUACUCAAGAUAGGGCGUGCAGCAAAUGUACAGCGGAGAAUGAAUCAGUGGCAACGACAAUGUGGAUAUGACAUUGAGAUGCUGCGAUACUACCCUUAUGUGGCGGCCGUGAAUGACGGCCCUGGCAUGAGCCGCACGCCUCGCAUGACGCCGCACUGUCGACGGGUCGAACGCUUGAUUCAUAUUGAAUUAGCUGGGAUGGGGUUACGUGCAGAUAUGUCGCUAUGCGACGCAUGUGGGAGAGAUCAUCGAGAGUGGUUCGAGGUGAAGGCUACAAGGGAUGGUAUAAGGAAGGUGGACGAGGUGAUUCGGCGAUGGGUCGAUUGGGAUGAGACUGGCUUGGAUUGA